AGGAAAAAAGUGAAUUCGCUUGACAAACUACAUAGUUUCAGUUUUGAAUAACUAUUUCAAUUUUUUUUUUUUUAGGGUUCUUUUUUGUUCUAGGCUUCUAGCAGACACCAUUCCUCUGUCAUAACGAUCGGGCAUUCCCUCCGCCGCCAACUAAACGCUUCUCAUAAUGCUGGGUGGUGGCUCUCGUAUUUCCCACCACUUACGGGAGUGUAACCACCUCCUCCUCCACCACCGCCAGCUGGGUUUAAAGUUAGGGUUUUGCAACAGUCAUAUGUCUUCUUUCGUAUUGAGGCCUUCCUCUGUACCAAUAAUUGGUGACCAUUAUAAAAGUUGUAAUAAAUUGCAGCAGAGAAUGGUGUCUUCUUAUAGCCUCCAGUCCAAAUCUUCUGGAGAAAUUCCCAUUAUAUCUUAUUGUUCCAGCCAACAAGAUGAUGAUCAUGAGCUUCCUCCUGAAGGAUUCUCCCCCGUUGCAGGAGGAAUUGUAGCACUUGGAAAGUUUGAUGCUCUUCACAUAGGUCAUCGAGAACUUGCAAUUCAAGCAUCAAAAGUUGGAACUCCAUAUCUUCUAUCUUUUGUGGGAAUGGCAGAGGUAUUUGGAUGGGAGCCUAGGGCUCCAAUAGUUGCCAAAUGCGAUCGGAAUAGGGUUCUUGCCUCUUGGGCCCAAUACUGUGAUAAUAUAACCCCAUUAGAGUUUCAAAUUCAGUUUUCAAGUGUUCGACAUCUUAACCCACAGCAAUUUGUUGAGAAGUUAUCCAAGGAGCUUAGAGUAUGUGGAGUGGUGGCAGGAGAAAACUAUCGGUUUGGAUAUAAAGCUGCCGGUGAUGCAUCUGACCUGGUGAGGCUAUGUGAGGAAUAUGGUUUAGGGGCUUACAUUAUAAAUUCUGUCAUGGACAAUAAGAAAGAUCCCAUAAACAGCAAUUCGAGAGAUUCAAAGGAUAGAGGACAAGUUUCAUCUACUCGUGUUCGCCAGGCUUUAGCUUUAGGUGAUAUGAAAUACGUGUCAAAACUUCUAGGUCGGAGACAUCGUCUUAUGCUGAUGCUAAAAGACCAGAGAGGACUUACUAGUAGUAGUAGCAGUCGAUGGAGGAUCUCAGCUCCAAAGUCUUGUUUACUGAAUCUACCACCAAAGGAUGGUUUCUACAAGAACUGUUUUCUUUUAUUUGGCAAUGAGAACCGAAUGACAUGUAGUGCAAUUAUUGAUUCAAUGUACAUCCAUUUAGAAAUGGACGAGUUAGGCCUUAGCAUUUACAAUGGAUCUCAAGACUUUCAGCUCUUGGGUGUUGAAUUUGGUGAUUGAGGAGCUCAUUGUACUCAUUUGAUGUUUAAUCUUUCUUUUAUUUAAAUAAAACUUGUUCAUAGAUGAGAAAUUUUCUGCA